GGCGGCUGGCGAACCGGCAGCGGGAGGCGAUACCAUGGAGCUCCUGCGCACCAUCACCUACCAGCCGGCCGCCGGCGCCAAGGCGAGCGAGCCGCCGGGCAAGGCUGGCGGCGGGGACGCGAAGCGCAGGCGGCCGCCGCCCCCCGAGGAGCCGCCGCCCCGGGCGCAGGAGUCGCCGGCGGCCCCGCAGCACCGCCACCACGCGGGCGCCGAAGUGUCGCGGGUCGUUGUGGACCCCACGACGGGGAGGCGCUACUGCCGGGGCCGGGUGCUGGGCAAGGGCGGCUUUGCCAAAUGUUACGAGAUGACGGAUCUGACAAACAACAAAGUCUACGCUGCAAAGAUCAUCCCUCACAGCAGGGUGGCCAAGCCGCACCAGCGGGAGAAGAUCGACAAGGAGAUAGAGCUGCACAGACUUCUGCACCACAAGCACGUCGUUCAGUUCUACCACUACUUCGAGGACAAAGAGAACAUCUACAUUCUGCUGGAAUACUGCAGCCGAAGGUCCAUGGCUCACAUCUUGAAAGCCAGGAAGGUGUUGACAGAGCCCGAAGUCCGAUACUACCUCAGGCAGAUUGUGUCUGGACUCAAGUACCUCCACGAGCGAGAAAUCUUGCACAGAGAUCUCAAGCUAGGGAACUUUUUUAUUAACGAAGCCAUGGAACUGAAAGUUGGGGACUUCGGUUUGGCAGCCAGGCUGGAGCCCUUGGAGCACAGGAGGAGAACAAUAUGUGGUACCCCAAAUUAUCUCUCCCCUGAAGUCCUCAACAAGCAAGGACAUGGCUGUGAAUCAGACAUUUGGGCUUUAGGCUGUGUGAUGUAUACGAUGUUACUAGGAAGACCCCCGUUCGAAACUACAAAUCUGAAGGAAACGUACAGGUGUAUCAGAGAAGCAAGGUAUACCAUGCCGUCGUCACUGCUGGCACCUGCCAAACACUUGAUAGCUAGCAUGCUGUCCAAAAACCCACAGGACCGUCCAAGCUUGGAUGACAUCAUGCGGCAUGAAUUCUUUCUGCAGGGUUUCACGCCAGACAGGCUCUCCUCCAGCUGCUGCCACACGGUCCCGGACUUCCACUUGUCCAGCCCAGCGAAGAAUUUCUUUAAGAAAGCGGCUGCUGCUCUUUUUGGUGGCAAAAAAGACAAAGCAAGAUAUAUUGACACACACAAUAGAGUAUCCAAAGAAGACGAAGACAUAUACAAGCUUAGGCACGACUUGAAAAAGACUUCCAUCACGCAGCAACCCAGCAAACACAGGCCAGACGAGGAGCUGCAGCCCUCGCCCACGACGGUGGCCGCUCCUGGCACCGGCACCGCCGCAGUGGAGAGCAGGCAGCAGGUGGGGGACGCCAUUCGGAUGAUCGUCAGAGGGACACUGGGCAGCUGCAGCAGCAGCAGCGAGUGCCUCGAGGACAGUACCAUGGGAAGCGUUGCGGACACAGUGGCAAGAGUCCUUCGAGGGUGUCUGGAGAACAUGCCGGAAGCCGACUGCAUUCCCAAAGAGCAGCUGAGCACUUCCUUUCAGUGGGUCACCAAGUGGGUCGAUUACUCCAACAAAUACGGCUUCGGGUACCAGCUCUCGGACCACACUGUGGGCGUCCUUUUCAACAACGGUGCUCACAUGAGCCUCCUUCCCGACAAAAAAACCGUGCACUACUACGCGGAGCUCGGCCAGUGCUCCGUGUUCCCAGCGACAGAGGCCCCUGAGCAGUUCGUCAGCCAGGUGACGGUGCUGAAGUACUUCUCCCACUACAUGGAGGAGAACCUCAUGGACGGAGGAGACCUGCCCAGUGUCACCGACGUGCGAAGACCGCGGCUCUACCUCCUGCAGUGGCUGAAGUCCGACAAGGCCUUAAUGAUGCUCUUCAACGACGGCACCUUUCAGGUGAAUUUCUACCACGACCACACGAAAAUAAUCAUCUGCAGCCAGGACGAAGAGUACCUGCUCACGUACAUCAACGAGGACAGGCUGUCCGCCACGUUCCGGCUGACGGCCCUGCUGAUGGCCGGCUGCUCGCUGGAGCUGCGGCACCGCAUGGAGUACGCCCUGAACAUGCUCCUGCAGAGGUGCAACUGAGCCUCGGCCCUGUGGGACCCCUCCAGGCGCGGGCCGCAGGGACGGCGGGCUGCGGCACGUGGGAGACGGCGGCGGCGGCGGUACGAAGACAGGCCCUCCGGCCCGCUGGACCGGCCGAGGCGUGCUGGCCGUCCUGGCGCGGACAGUCCGAGAGAACCAGAGCGCCGUUUUCCUUGGGGGACCUGUCUUGAAAGGGUUUUCAGACAACCUCACAGAAAGGUGCAUUGACUCUUCACUUGUCUCUGCUGAGAGCAUUUCAGACGGAGGGGGGCUGGGAACUGUGAACGGACUUCCCGGGGAGAGGAGAGGAGAGGGAGGAGGCUCCCGAGUCGUCAGCGGCUGGAAUCGGAGCAGCUUUGGGCUGCCUAACUGUGAACUAUGGCCAUAUGUAGGUGUUUCUUUGUUCGUUUUUGUUUUUUGUUAAUUUUUGAAGACACUCGUGGCUGGAAAAGUGCAUUCCUUGUUAAUAAACUUUUUAUUUAUUACA